AUGGAAGUUAUGUGUAAAAAAGCUUCUGUGAUGGACAACAUCUUCCUGGUGGAUGAAUUCUGGACUGCAGGGAUAAAGAACUUCAAGAUCAUUCAAGAUAUCUUUUACACAAUGGUCAAUGGCUUUGAUAUUGGGCAAGACAAAAUCUAUGUUGGUAUAAUUCAGUACAGUGAUGUGACAUACACUGAAUUCUUGUUGAAUAUUUUCUGUAACAAGAAUGAUUCCUUAUAGAAGAUACAGAAAUUAUGUUACAAAGAAGGAGGCACCAAAACUGGGCAGACCCUCCAUUUUAUGCUAGAGAAUCACUUUGUAGCGAGUGUUGAUAGCCAAAAGGAUAAAGGGGUUCCUCAAAUUUAUCUGGUGAUUACAAAAAAAGAGGCUGAAAAUAAUAUUCAAAACCCAGCCACAGCAUUCAAAGAUGCUGGCAUCAUGUACACCACAGGUCCGAAAGGAUCUGCUCUGUCAGAAAUAGCUAGUGAGCCAGCUGAUAAGCAUGCCUAUGAAGUGGAAGAUACUGCUUCUCUGCAAGGACUCUCUCACAUGUAUUUCACUCAGCCUACAGAAAGCAAGGCUAAGGGCUUUGUUACACAGUUAGUGAUUCUAAUCAUUGGUGGAGAAUCCAGUCGUGAAGUUGAAUUGCCUGUCAGGAAACUGAGGAACAUCAGAGGCAUUCCCCUCUAUGUUGUUGGAACUGGUGUGCAGGAUACAGCUAAUCUUCAGCAAAGAGCCAGCAAACCUUUUGGUAGGUAUCUGUGUAGUGCUGGUAGUUUUGAUGAACUUCCAGAUCUCUCCACAAGACUUUGGGGAAGCUUCUGCUUUGGUGCUGGUUUUGCUGUCAUUUACAUCAGUGUUCUUUUGGUCACCUUUUUGCCACUGCUUUUACUCUAAGUUUGCAGCAGUCUUGUGGCAGAUCUUGUAUUCCUGAUGAAAGGAUCAGAAAGCAUAAAAAACUUUUCUGUCACAAAGACCUUCGUGAUGGAAGUUGUGGACAACUUUGUUAUUUCUAGGGACAGAGUAGUUGUUGGAGUAGUCCAGCACAGCCCAGAGCCCCACAAAGAAUUUCCUUUUAAUGAGUUCUACAGUGACACCACGAUAAAGGCGAUCAACAGAAUAAAGCAAUUGCAGUCUGCUGUGGUUUAUGGCAAAGGCCUGAGGCUUGUCCAGAGCCUUUUUCAUGACUACUCUGCUGACAGGGUAGAGGAUGCAGCAAUGGCUUUGAGUAGCAAUGAGAUCCAUGUCUUUGAAGUUGGCACAGGGAUUAUAAAUUCCUUUGAGCUGCUUUUAAUAGCUGAUGAUGCAAGGGGAAUGUUCACAGUGGAAAGCCUUGAUGCACUGAAACCCAUCGAAAGGAAUAUUGUCGAUUGGGUCUGUCAAUCCAAACAUCUCCCUGGCCAGGAUUGCAACAUAGAUCUUUCUAUAGCAGUUGAUGCUUCAAGGCGCAUGCAACCAGAACCCACAGUGCUCCUGAAACAGAGAUUGCAAGCAUUCCUCCCCAGACUUUUACUCCAGAUGAAAUCAUUACCAAACACCAGCUGUAAAGCUCCAGUCAACAUUAGAUUCAAGUUCCAAGUAUUGGCACAGACCAACCAAUUAAUCUUUGACUCUGGUUUUGAAGACUAUAAUGAAGAGAUCAUCCAGAACUUCUUAGAUGCACAGGCCACUGUGGAUACCUACCUGAAUACAGAUUUCUUGCAGGCACUUGAGGAGAAGUUCUUUAAUGUGACCUCUGCUGAAGUUAAGGUUCUGUUAGUAUUUUCAGAUGGGCUGGAUGAUUCGCUGGAAGAUCUCAGGAAAGCAUCUGACUCACUUCGCUUUAAAGGUCUUGAUGCACUCCUGUUAGUUGGCCUGGACAAUACACAGAACUUGACUGAAUUUUGGGAGAUAGAGUUUGGCAGAGGCUUUGGAUACAAUGAACCUCUGAGUGUUGGGUUUGCAGAGAUUGCAAGUAUCUUGCAGAGAAACCUUGAUACUGUUGCAGAAAGGAAAUGCUGUAAGGUUAUUUGUAAAUGCCUUGGAGAAAAUGGUGAUCGUGGUGUCCGGGGAAGUCCGGGAAGGAAGGGAAAUAUGGGUUACAGAGGAUCUCCUGGCCAUCCUGGUGAGGAAGGUGGGGUUGGGGAGAGAGGCCCAGCUGGCUUCACUGGGACUCAAGGAGACAGGGGUUGUCCAGGUGCUAGGGGCCAUAAGGGGGGCAGAGGCUACAGAGGAAAUCAGGGUGAACAUGGUGAGAGUGGAUUCGAUGGCACUGAUGGAGAGCAGGGAGAACGGGGAUUUCCUGGACCUUCUGGAGAGAAAGGCAACAGAGGAAAAUGGGGCAGAAAAGGCCCCAGAGGAGAACCAGGUGAACGAGGAGAAUCUGGUCUAAGAGGAGAUUAUGGAGAUCCUGGGGCUAACAGUAGUGUUAGUGGUCCUAAAGGUGAAAAAGGAAGCCUAGCACCACAGGGAGAUCCAGGCCCACGUGGACUCCAAGGAGAGCAGGGUGAUGCUGGUCCUGAUGGUGCAGCAGGUCGAAGAGGCCCUCCAGGUAUAAAGGGUGAGCAAGGAGAUCUGGGGGAAGCAGGUUACCCAGGAGAGACCGGUCUUCCAGGCCCACAGGGCCCAAGAGGACCACAAGGGAUCAGAGGACCUCCAGGACCACAAGGCAUUCCAGGCCCUCUGGGUAGUCUGGGGCCCCCAGGUUCACCUGGCUCUGUUGGAAAGUUAGGUGCAAGAGGAGAAAAGGGUGAACCUGGUGACCCCGGAGAGAAGGGCCCAGUCGGACCACCUGGACAGAGAGGCAUGCCUGGCGUGGAUGGCAGAGAUGCCUAUGGUCCUGAAGGAAGCAAAGGAGCAAAGGGAGAAUCUGGAUUCAUAGGAUAUCCUGGUCCAGAGGGAGAAGAUGGAGACCCAGGCAUUCCAGGAGCUGAAGGACCCAAAGGAACUAGGGGUAGAAGAGGUAAUACUGGCACACCAGGUUCCCUGGGAGAUCCAGGAGAUCAAGGACCAUCAGGACCUAUGGGUGCCAAAGGACCAAUGGGCACCAUUUUAAUGGAACCUUGUGAACUUGUGAAUUUUACAAGAAAAAACUGCCCUUGCUCAUCAGACACAUGUCCAGCUUACCCGACUGAAGUGGUGUUUGCCUUCGAUAUGUCUGAUGAUGUUACACCAGCUGCAUUUGAAAGGAUGAGAAACAUUGUCAUGUUGUUGCUGAGGACCAUUAAGAUCAGUGAAAGCAAUUGCCCAACAGGCGCUCGUGUCUCCAUUGUUUCUUUCAACACCAAUAUGCACUAUCUCAUCCGAUUCUCAGAAUUCCAAAAAAGCAACUUGCUGCAACAAGCAGUCCAGAGAAUACCUCUGGAGAGGUCCACUGGAAAGCGAAAUAUUGGGGCAGCCAUGAGAUUUGUUGCAAGAAAUGUCUUCAAACGUGUUCGUCAGGGCAUCCUCACAAGAAAAGUAGCCCUAUUUUUUGCCAACGGUCCAUCGCAGGAUGAUGUUGCCAUCAGCACAGCUGUGCUUGAGUUGAGUGCUUUGGAUAUCACUCCAGUGGUUAUUGCCUUCAGUGAAGUGCCAAAUGUCAGACGUGCCUUCUCAAUUGAUGACACUAGAAGAUUUCGACUAUUUGUUUGGGAAAGACAACAGGAUGAAAAUUUGGAGGGCAUCACAUAUUGUACACUUUGCUUUGAUAAAUGCAAACCAAGAACAAACUGCGAGGUGCCCAUUUUUCCCCCAGUUCUGAUGGAUAUGGAUAUCACUUACAUCAUGGACAGCUCUCGCAGUGUCAGCAGUGAAGAGUUUCAGAGAGCCAAAGACUUUGUGAACAACAUGCUAGAUCAGUUUGUUGUUUCCUUACAGCCAAACGAAUCAUACGGAGGCAUCAGAGUGGCACUGGUGCAGCAAGCUCCUAGGGGCUUCCUGCCUGGCAGAAACCAGACACCUGUGGCCUUGGAGUUUGAUCUAGUUACAUACAGCAGUAAAGAUUUGAUGAAGAAACACAUCCAAGAGUCUGUUCACCAACUGGAAGGGCCAUCAGCCGUUGCUUCUGCUCUGCAGUGGACGGUCGAAAAUGUAUUCUUUAAAGCCCCCAGACAAAGGAAACACAGGGUCAUAUUUACAAUAGUUGGAAGCAAAACAAGCACGUGGGACAGAGAGAGGCUGAAAGAGAUUUCACUCGGAGCCAAGUGCCAAGGAUUCACUUUGUUCACUCUUGCGCUUGGCAGUGAUGUGAGUGACAAUGAGUUGAUGGAGCUGCCAAGUUCCCCCACAGAGCAGCACUUACUGACACUGGGCAGGGUUUCGACAGCGGAGAUGGUGUACGCUCAGAGGUUUAGCCGGGCAUUUCUGAAUCUUCUACAGCAAGAAAUGAACAGUUAUCCUUCACCUGAACUUCAAGAAGAGUGUGAAAACUUAGAUCGGGGAGACAUACAACAGCAAGUGUCUCUAACUGAAAGGAUGCCUUUUCCUGGAAUGGCUGAACUUGGUUCCAGUUAUGGUUUGGAAGACACUGAAAGAACUGAAAGUAGAGUCAUGAAGAGUAUUAAAGAGAACACCAAAGAACUUGUAUACACAAUGCCAGAAAUGAGAUAUGAUUAUGAGGAGAAGAAUGAAUAUGUCACAGAGGGAGCUGCUGCGGGAGAAAAGCCACAAGAGUGUGGAGAAGCUCAGGAGAACAAGGAAAACUUAGGUGCAACAGUAGAAACUAGAACUGCCUGUAAUGAUUAUGAUGCAUGUGACCUUGUUCAAGAUAGUGGAGAAUGUCAGAAUUACAUUUUGAAGUGGUACUACGACAAAGAGCAGAAAAUGUGUGGUCAGUUCUGGUAUGGGGGCUGCGGAGGCAAUAGAAAUAGAUUUGAAACACAAGAAGAAUGUGGAUUCUUGUGUAUAGAGUCUUCCUAGU